UCUGAUGCUAAUCAGACGCGUCGCGUUACGUAUUGUCCAUGAAAAUGUCGCCACGCCACGCCACGCAAAGGUGUCAUACACGUAUUGUUUAUUAACAAGUAGUAAGUUUUUCACCACUUCUGGUAGAGUUUGGAUAAAUGAGUGACGCACAGUUAAUACAGCUCGUAGAGCGGUACCCUGUGUUGUAUGACUCGGGUUUACCUGAAUACAGAGAUCAUAAUGCACGUACUGUUGCAUGGGAUGAAAUCGCCAUGCAGUUACACACAACUAGUCAUGACUGCAAAGUGCGAUGGUCAAAGUUAAGAAAUUGUUACACAAAUAGCCGAAAACGACGACGUAAAAAGAACAUGACCCCUUGGAAACUUGAAAACGAAAUGGAAUUUUUGCUGCCGUACUUAGGUAGAGAAAAAAAUAAUGACGGGGAAGAAGAUCUUACAUCAGAUCAUUUUCCAGAAAAGCCUUCGUUUAUAGAUAUAUCGGAAAACUCAAUAAGCAAUAGAAGUCCGCGACACAGAACAAAGAGCAGUGAACAAAACUUGUUAGAUGACAUGGUUUACGUUUUCGAACCGCCAAAAGAAAGUAAAAGAAAAAUGUCAGAACUUGACGAAACUGACUACUUCUUUUUAUCCAUGAGCAAACAGUUAAAAAAACUACCAAGGAAAGAUCAGUCGAAUAUUAAAUUCGAGGUUCAUAAAUUAGUACAUGAAGCUGAAAUUAAAAUGUUAUCCACUGUAGGUGAAGUGAAUAAAUUUGAAGAGUAAAUAGUUAUAUUAUGUAGACCUAUUUUGAUAUUUAUUAUCUACCACAAUAAACUUUAUAAUGAUUACCUA